GUGUCCCACCUCACCCUAAAGAAGCCACAUGCCCCAACUCCAUUUUGCCGGCCCUUACCCCUCUUUUCUCCUCCAUGCCUUCAAAAACGUCUCUGAUUCUCUCUCCGCACUCUCAUCCCCUGAACCAUUGACCCUUUUUCCGCCAUUCUCACCGCCACCAUGGAACCCUCGCUCGAAGAUCUAACCGAUGACCUUGACAACCUUAGUAUCACCUCCACCACCACAACCGCCACCACAAUCACCACCACUACCACUGCUAAUGAAACUAAGCAUAGUACAAGUUCUGGGUCUGAAACCACUUUGACUGCCUCCAACCCCUCCUCGUCAACUUCCUCUAAGCCCCACCACCCACCUCCAUGCGAUCCAUGUUGGCGUGCAAUCCUACGUUCCAACUGCGAUAACUCCACCCUAACUCUAGCUGAUCUCCGGUUCGUUCACCGGCUAGGAAGCGGUGACAUAGGGAGCGUGUACCUUGUGGAGCUUAAGGAAGGCAAUGGGUGCCUUUUCGCUGCUAAGGUCAUGGACAAGAAGGAAAUGGCGAGCAGGAAUAAAGAUAGUAGGGCAAGAAUAGAGAGACAAAUAUUGGAAAUGUUGGAUCAUCCUUUUUUACCUACCUUGUAUGCCACGUUAGACUCUCCUAGAUGGUCAUGUUUGCUAACGGAAUUUUGCCCCGGCGGUGACCUCCAUGUUCUCCGGCAACGCCAACCCGACAAACGUUUCGAUGAAGCCGCCGUCCGGUUUUAUGCAUCAGAAGUUGUGGCUGCAUUGGAAUAUCUUCACAUGAUGGGAAUUAUAUAUCGCGACCUUAAACCAGAAAAUGUUCUCAUUAGAUCAGACGGUCACAUUAUGCUUACAGAUUUUGAUCUCUCCUUAAAAGAUGAUACUUCAACUUCAACAGCUCAGAUCGUUUCCGAUCAAAACCAAAGAACCACUGAUUCAACAAAUGACUACUCUCAUGAUCCCCCUCAAUCCGACACGUCAUCAUGCAUUAUACCCAAUUGCAUAGUACCGGCUGUAUCAUGCUUCCACCCAAAACGUAGGCGCAAAAGAAAAACUCGUCAGCACGGGACCCUGGAGAUUGUGGCCGAGCCAAUAGACGUCCGAUCAAUGUCAUUCGUCGGAACUCACGAGUACUUGGCACCGGAGAUCAUCUCCGGUGAGGGGCAUGGCAAUGCGGUGGACUGGUGGACUCUAGGCAUAUUCAUAUUUGAAAUGUUAUAUGGUGUGACUCCAUUUAAAGGGAUUGAUCAUGAGUUAACCCUAGCUAAUAUAGUAGCUCGAGCCCUAGAAUUUCCUAAGGAGCCUGCCGUGCCGGCGUCGGCAAAGGAUCUGAUCACACAACUUCUGGUGAAGGACCCUAUGAGACGAAUGGGCUCUACGAGGGGAGCAACUGCAAUUAAGCAUCAUCAAUUUUUUAAUGGAAUUAAUUGGGCAUUAUUAAGAUGCAGAACACCACCUUAUGUUCCUCGAGCAGUGACUCGUCGAAGCAUUAUCACAGAAAAUGCUAGUAAUAAUUCGGUAGAAUAUUACUAGUAAAAUAACAAAAAAUUCUUUGUAUUUUUUUUUUAAUUUUUCCAUUUUCUUGUGAAAAAAAAAAGUAAAUUAAAGAAGAAAAAUUUAAUGAAAAUGUUUAGAUCGCACA